GGUACAAGAAAAUGGACGCGUGCAUAACUCCCUUACCUGAGGUUGCGAGUGCCAAUGAAGUAGCAGGUGGGGAAUUGAUGAAGUUUCCAGAGAGGCUAUUCGCAAUUCCUCCCCGAGUAGCUAAGGAACUUGUUCCAGGGGUCACUGUUGAAUCUUACCAAGAGGACAAUAAAUUAUGGAAAAAGCAUGUAGAUGCUUACAAGAGGAUCAUUAGGCUAUUUGGCACUACAAGAUACCGGAAUGUAAUGGAUAUGAAUGCAGGCCUUGGAGGAUUUGCGGCAGCACUUGAAUCACCAAGAUCAUGGGUGAUGAAUGUUGUGCCAACUAUUGCUCAGAACACUUUAGGCGUUAUCUAUGAGAGAGGUCUAAUUGGUAUAUAUCACGACUGGUGUGAAGGCUUCUCUACUUACCCAAGGACCUAUGACCUCAUUCAUGCCAGUGGUAUGUUCAGCUUGUACCAGAACACGUGUGAAUUAGAAGAUAUCCUUCUAGAGAUGGAUCGUAUUUUGCGACCUGAAGGUACAGUCAUUUUCCGAGAUGGGGUUGACAUCCUAAACCGAGUGAGGAAAGUUACUAGAGGCAUGAGAUGGGAGACAAAAAUUAUGGAUCACGAAGACGGCCCCCUAGUACCUGAGAAGAUACUAAUUGCUGUCAAACAAUAUUGGGUAGGCAGCAGUGGGAACAGUACAUCUGCUGUUGAAUAAACCAUGACAUUGUAUGGGAAGUGAGUAAAAUUACUUCAUGUUGGAAAUUUAUCUGUCCCGGGUGCGAUAAAAAGAUUUCGAUCCCUCAAAGGUGUUUAUUUAAGUUUAUUCAUGAACUGUCAUUGUUGACGUAAUGCAGUUACAAAUUUUAUUCUAGACAGUGUUCCUGGAUAUAAGUCUGGAGAAAAUGGCAAAAACAAGGCCCUUCUCUCCCAGUUAAUCAAGCAAAGGACUUUUAAUGGUGGUAGUAAUAAGCAACUGGUGAUAUUCUUUUGUUUUUGAUUGUGUACAAGGUGGAUAUUUUAGCUGUGCUUUAGUGCCUUGAAAGGUCUCUUUUUAUUCAGUCCUCUUUUUCUUGUUCCUUGUUUUGUUAUUAGAUACUAUGUGGCAAAUUGUUCUCUAUAUUAUCAAGUAGCAUGACUAUCCAUAAUUGGCAUGUCAGACUCUCUAAGAUUGGGGACUGUUAUGGUACCAAAAUAUACUUUUGGAAAUUGUACCUCUACAUUAUAGUCAAUGAAAACACG